AUAAAAGACGGGCAACUACGCGAUUUUUUCCCCAGUGUUAAAAUGUGGCCCAGCAAGUUCGUGUUUUGUGCGUUUGCGAUCAUAUGGGCCAGAGCCGAGCAAGACGUUCAAUUGGAAAUUCCUCAGGGAUUUCUAAAGGGUAUAAAGACUAAUACAGUGCUACAGAACAGAGCAUUCUACAGCUUUAAAGGGAUACCCUACGCGAGGCCCAAUGUUGGCCUUAAUAAAUUCCAGAUGCCGGAGCCAGCGGACAACUGGGAAGGCACAUACGACGCGACCUACCAUCGCUCGUCUUGUCCUUUCUUCUGCAUGAUACAGCAAGAUAUAGUUGGCGAGGAAGAUUGUCUUUUUCUUAACGUUUACACUCCGGUAUUGGACAAAGAAGCUUGCAAAGCUGUUAUGGUAUGGUUCCACGGCGGUAAUUUCAAUCAUGGUCUUGGAGACGAUACAUUCUUUGGCCCUGACUUUUUAAUCGAGCAAGACGUUAUUCUGGUGACGCUCAAUUACAGACUGGGCGCAAUCGGAUUUUUAAAUACUCGCGACAAGAACGCACCUGGCAACGCUGGUCUAAAGGAUCAGGUAAUGGCGCUGAAAUGGGUCAAGGACAAUAUACAUUACUUCGGCGGCUGCCCCAACCGGAUUACGAUCUCCGGCGGGGACGCGGGCGCAAGUUCCGUCCAGUUUCACAUGAUGUCUCCUAUGUCCGACGGAUUGUUCAAUAAGGUAAUCUUGCAAAGCGGAAGCGCGGUGAAUACAUGGGCGAUAUCUUACGACGCCCGAGAUGUAGCCUUCAAGCUGGGCGAGAAGCUCGACAUUGAUACUACCGAUUCCGCCGAGCUGGUUGCCCGACUCGCGGAAUUCUCUCCGAAAGAAUUGAUUGCGGCCAGUGACGAUUUGCCGUUCCUUAAACAGAGCGCUAUGAACGGCCGCACAGAAGCAUUUAUUCCAGCGGUCGAGGCUGACGUAGGACAAGAGAUAUUUCUGCCCGCCGAUCCCUGGACGCUUUUGAAAUCUGGAAGAAUUGCCGAUGUGCCCGUUAUGGCCGGAUUCACGGCCGAUGAGUCCUCUUUCUACGUGCAGAUGAUGCUCGGCAAUAUCGACCAGAUAAACGAGCACUUCGAGAACUUCCUGCCGAACGACUUGAAUAUAACCGAUGCCGGGCAGAAGAACCAACUAGGCGAUAGCCUGAAGAGCUACUACUUCGAGGAUAAAUUGAUCUCCACGGAAACCACGAAAGAGCUCAUGAAGAUGUUGGACGACGUCAUGUUUGACGCCGGGAUCGCGCUCAGUUUAGAGGUAUUAAGCACCCGAAUUUCGUCUCCAAUUUACCAGUACAUAUUCACUUACGAGGCUCCAUUCGGUAUGAUAAAAUCUUUGAUGCAAGUGGAUGAGGGCGCUGCCCACGGUGACGACUUGACCUAUGAAUUCUAUUCGGACUAUUUGAAAAAUGUGCCGCAGCCUGGUUCCCCCGCGGAGAAGAUGGUGCGCAUUUAUACCACGUUAGUGGCCAAUUUCGCAAAGGACGGGAACCCCACCUCAAAUAUGAAUGAGUACGUGAACGUCGCUUGGGAGCCCAGAGGCGCGGAAGAUAAUUACAUGAAUAUUAAUCAGGAGUUAAAAAUGGAUAAAGGCAUGCUGGGUGAUCGAGUCGAUUUCUGGAAGAACCUGUACACAAACGUACUCGGCUGAAGGUCUCUCGGCUUGCAUCAUGUCACGCGAACGCAAUAUAAAUACAAUAUAUGGGUUACAUCGAAUUUUAGAAUCGGCAAAGUGCUAACGCAUAAUUGUUCUUACAUUGUAAUAUGACGAGCAACAUGUACAAUAUUAUACGAACAUUGCAAAUCUAAUGAAAAUAAAAUCUUAACCGAAGGUAUUA